GUCAUUUUCUUUUUCACAUGACCCGAUGUUUGAUUGACAUCGCCCAUUUUUUCGCCUUUUUACAACAAUUUUGGGUUUAAAACGAAGUCCUAUUUAACUAAAUUUAAUAGUCAAACGUAACGUCCACUAGUAAUAAUCUUGAAAAUGGCUUAUUGCCGUUUAGUGUUAGCUUUUUUAGUGAUUUGUAUCGCGUCUACGUAUGGUGAGGUACAGGUGCCUGUAUUUAUAUGGGGCGAUUUGAAGACUUCGUCGAAGGCUAACCCUUUGUCCAGAGUCACGGAACCAGAAUUUAAUGGAUUACUGAAGAAGCAGUUAGCAGGUGACCCGUUCACUGUAGUAUUCAUCGACAAAACACUGUCAGUCGAAGACUUUUCGAUAAAAGACGACGAAGGCGAAUCAGUGUUCCCUUAUUUACAUUCCCUAAUAAGUGGGGCUACUUAUCUACCCGCUGUAGACGAUCCUCUGCCCGUCCUCAACCGUUUGGCCGACCCAGAGAACGUACGCCGCGUAAAAGUGACCGAAAAUGGUUUGUCAGCGGAAAUUGAGUCUGACAGUGGAAAAAUGUUGUUCAUACAGCUAAAAGACGCUAAAGCGGACGAGUCUAGAGCUGAUCUGUUGCGUAGACACAACGAUUUAAUGGAGAACAUGUAUAACAAGCUCGUGGAACAGUAUAAAGAUGUUGUAGCUAUCUACACCGCAGAGAAUCCAUCUUGGACUGUGUCAGAAUCCCAUGAAAGGUUCCGUCGUGAUGUACGAAACACAGAUUUGCAGAACGGCACGUUUGAUGGGCUCAAACUGUACGUUAACAAAGUUUUGUUGAACGUUGACAGCGUGGAGACUAAUGUAACUACGAUUGAUAGCGCAAGUUCGGUAAUCAAUGAAAACCAGAAUAUGUCAACAACUUUAACUUUUGGUGACGUCAGUCUGACGUUGAACUUCCUGUCCAAGGCUGGGUAUUGGUAUUUCAGCUCAGUUACAUACCAGCAGGCCAGUCGUGUUGUAGGGCUGCUACCACAGAAUGAGUUGUUCGUUCCGCUCGGCUUCUCCUACCGAUGUGGCCAGGACCUCACCUUCAGCAACACAACCAACCAGACAGUGAUUGUGCAGUUUCGGGAUAUUAAGGUGCAGCCAUACUUUGCAGAGAGCAACGAAACAUUGGUGUACGGUGACUCCAUCAACUGCGUUGGGUUCUUCUCUGUUCCGAUCUGGUCCGGACUGUUUGUGGUGUUCAUCCUCCUCGCCAUCACCUUCUACGGCAUCAUGAUGAUGAUGGAUAUCCGCACCAUGGACCGGUUUGAUGACCCCAAGGGAAAAACCAUCACCAUCAACGCCGGAGAGUAAAUGUAUGUUUUGGUAUCCAGCUCAAUGUUUUGAUAUUAAAUAUUGCAUGCCGAUAUUUUUACUCUCAUCUAGUGGAAAUCAUGUUUUUUUUUAAAACCUGCAAAGAACAAAGGGUUCUUUUGAAGGAGAUGUUCUGUUCCUGAGGCCGAUUUAUCCAUUUACCAAAUUUUAUCCAAAUUUGAUCAGCGGUUUAGCUGUGAAAUGGUAGUAGAUACUUUUGCGUUUAAAAUAUUGGUAUGGAUAUAUUCUUUUUUUACAUUUUAACAAAGUAUAAAAUAAACAACUAUAAUUAAUCUAAAAAAAUAUACUAUAUAAUUGUUAAAAAAUUAUAAACAAUCUGCUCCGUUUGCAAGGCUUUAUCUAAGCAAUUAUCGGUCAAGGUUCCUAAAUGAGGAACCUCUUCACAAUUCAUAUGCCUAAUGUCUGGUCUUUUCAAUAAAUUAUUAUUAGUAAUUAUACAUUUUUUUCCUCAAAAUAUACUCAGAGGCACAAUUGUCCGCCCACUUUAUUAUGACGCGAGUGUAUUAAAGUGGGCGGAUAAUUGUACCUCUGGGUAUAUAUUCUAUCAAUAUUAUAUUUUGAAUUUCUGUUGGUGUGGCUGCAAUAUUUAAUAUUUGUUGAUUUCAAAUAAACCAAAAUAUUGAAAUUGUUAAUGAGCUGGUUUUUUAAUGCAUUUUCGAAAAUCGAUGCACCAAAUAAUAUAGAGUACACGUCGUAUAUAGCUCAAUAUAUUUGUAUAAAAAAAAGUAAAUUAUUGUUAAUGAAAAGCUGCUUCAAAAAUUAUUAUUAUAAUGUAGAUAAUUUUUACAGAAAAUACAACCAAUUUUAAUGAAAGAGCCUAUUUGUUUAACAUCUGAAGAAUAAAAAUUUAAAAUGGACGAAUUUAUUGAAAUUGGUUGAUAAAAAAAAAUAUUGUAAGUGUGAUCCAUAGAUAACAGAAGAAGCUUGUAUUGUAGAUAGUAUAAGAGACAGUGUACCGAAUGUUUGUAUAAAAUAGACACAAGUUACGUUCAAACGUAGUCUUACAAUUAUACAUUUUGAAUAAAGACUUCAUUUUGAAAAUAAUGAGGGUGGUUGGCUAUUAAAAUGAAGACAUUUUUCUUUCAAUCGCCUCAAAUUUUUCGCCAAGGCCAAUAUGGCGGCGCUUAUAGUUUCACUGUGGUUACAUAAAGCCACACUUUUUUUUGAUGUGCGGUGAAAAUAAAGAAAAAAUUGUCAAAUAUUAGAAGAAAGACCUGAAUUUUAAAUUAAAAAAAAUUCAAAGACCUUAAUCAAACACAUAACUAUUUCAUCUAUAUUAUAGUGGUAGCUAUUCUUAUUGGUUGUUAUUCAUUUAUUCACUCAUUAAUUUUUGAAUAACAUUCGAAAAAUAAUGAAUUUACCAAAAUUAAUUUUAAAAACUGUGUAAAAUAAUAAUUUUGGUAAAAUAAUCAGUUGUUAUUUACUACUGUACAGUUCUCAUCAUCAAAAAAAAAAAUUAAAUAAGUAUUUAUUUUGAAAAAAUAUGUACAAAACAAAAAAGUUCCUCGGUGCACUGUCUACGGCCUAUAUACAUAUAAAUAAAACUGCGCAACUUUGUUAAAACAAUGAGACAAUAAACGUCAUAGAUGUCUAUGACAGUCUAUGACACAACUUCAUGUGAACGUAAAUUAGAUUUUUUAUAUAGAAAAAAAUAAACCGACUAUGUGCCUGUCAGAUACGAAUGUAGAUUAAAAAUAAGUGUGAAUUGUGAUUUGGUCGUCUUUAUAAACGCUGUGUAGUCGGAUGCAAUAUUUAUGACGUCUCAUAAAUAAGCUAGGGAAAUGCGUGCUGUGUGAUGCCCUGCCGCCGCGCCGCUAUGUAACCGGUGAUACCCAAAAUAUUGUAUUAACGUACGAUGUUCCGAAACGUCAAAUAUUGCAUUUGACUAUACCGUGGGAGAUAUGUUCAUCUUUUGUCUUACUUAGGGUGCCGUGUACAACUAAUCACACGUUAUUGCACCAGUAACGUCAGCAAGGAUGACGUCAUCACUAUUACAAUGACGUCAUACGAGUUUUCAUUACUGAUGUAUGCGUUGUUGUAAUGUGUGUUAAGCUUAUUGAAUUUCGUGUAAAACCUAUUAUUACUAUUCUAUUUGUAUUGUUGUAAGAGUAGUAUGCUUCCAGAAUAAUUCUGAUAAUAUACGCACUUCACUCUCGUCAAAGAUACUCGGUUCGUGUAAUGGACUCGAAUGGACUCGCAGUGGAUUUGCAGUUGUUUUAAAACAAUUAUUAACAAUUUAAAAAACAAAGUGUCAUACUAAAUCUUAAUAUUUUUGGCGAGAGUGAUAAGGAACAAGCAAAGAAUUUUGCCUUAUAUAAAAAAAAUAUAUGUAUAAAUAAGGACUAGAACUUUUGAAUCAUGUUGUGCUACUUGCCUUAUGGUAAGAUCACAUUUAAGAGCUAAUUCGUCAUCGAUAAAAAUUGGAGCCAAUCCAUAGACAAUGAUAACAAUAGAGAAUAUGCAUUUUUAUUUCCAUAUUUUGAAUUUCAGACAACAAAAACUAUGAUAAAAUAUUAAUAAAUCUGACGUUUUCUAGAGAUAUAUACUUAAAAUAUCGAACAUAUUUUAAGCAUUUAAACACCAGAAUACAAGAGAAAUAAAUAGUUAAUUAAUUUGAUUUGAUUUAUGCAUAUUCCCUAUUGUGCCACCAGCUCUUGUACUAUAAAUUGUAAUUAGUUUGUUUCUUAAAAACAACAAUUCUAAAUAUACCGAGCUUCAAAACAAAUAUAAUGGCGUAGAUUUAAAACAAAAUUAAAAUUAUUGUCUUAUUAAUGAAAAUGAGUGCCCUCCAUAUUAGUGCCAAUCCAAUAUUUUCAUUCCAAUGUUAUAUUACGAAUAACAAAAUGGCUGAACUAUUGUAAUUAAUGGGAAAUGAAAAUUUUGUAUUUAUUAUAAGUGAAUUUCAUAAAAUGGUUUAUACGAACGGGGUUUUAGAUUUACGUCUUUUUUGUGUAACGAAAGGAAUCCUGUUAUUACAAAAUAAU